ACUCUGUCAGACAAGGGUCCCAAACCUCCUCCACAAGAAUGGACAUUUUGGGGAAACCACAGUCUUGACUCAUGGAAUAGUUUGAAGAAGCAUUUGCUGUAGGGGCUUUAGGAGUAUCAGCCUGCAGUAGCACACCUCUUCUCUAUUUUUUUUUCUGUCUUUCACCCCAGUUUCACCUCAGUCUCUCCCGCACACCCUUCUCUCUCUCCCUCCCCCUCUCUCCCUCUCCCUGCCUCUCUUUCCUCUUUACUCUGCUGUUCUUGGACUCAUUUAUUUGACCCUGGUGCAGCAGAGCUGGUGGGAAAGCACCAGGCUAUAUCUGUCGGCUGCUGAGGUUGGACCUGCUUCAUGGUGGAUGACUUUGGAUCAUUUGUUGGGUUUACCUAAUCCCCCCCACCCCUGCUCCUCCUGCCUCCUCAGCACCUCUGCGCUGAACAAGGUUCCAGUGAAACCUUUUGUCUGGUUUCAUUUGCCUGAGCUCUCAACAAAAAGAAACAUGGACUUCACCUGCAGAACAACUCUCUCAGUCUUGUUUUAUUGGAGUUAAAGAAUUGAUCUGGAUCCAAAGCUCCGGCCAAACUCUGCAGCUCAGCCUCGUUUCCAUCCGAAGCCUUAAGUUUUCAGAGUGACUUCCCCGUUGACAAGACCGCCUUGGUCAAGAGCGUUUCAGAUACAGAUGCCAAACGUCUGGUCGUCCUCCCCAAGGUUUCAGAGUUGAAGAAACACUUUGAGACUCCUGUCACAAAGGAUUUGGAGAUGAACAGGAAGGAGAGGAUAGCCCGGCGUCUGGAGGGGAUGGAAAGCGAUGCUCCUCCUGCUCUGGUACCCGGUGGUUUGGUAGCCAACAGGAUGCUGGAGGAGGAUCCGCCGCGGUACACCCGCGCCUCAGACCCCUGUGAGCCUUGUGUGAUGGUGAGGCGCUACAGUCGAGAGGAUUUUGAUUCUCCCCAGAAGAAGAUGUCAUCUUCAGACAGAUCACCUCAGGUCAAAGGUGGAGUUGGCAGUGGACGUCCAGACCCAAAGUUGGUGUAUGUCGACCCAGUAACGUUGUCCACCUCCUCUACAUCCAAAUCUGGUCCCGCAGACCCCUCCAGCCUCAGUUCCAAGGCUGAGCGCAUAGCCCGCUACAAAGCAGAGCGCCGCCGCCAGCUGUCAGAGCGCUAUGGCAUCCUCCUGGAUCAGGAGGCGGACAUCGACCUCACACCAAGCCACAGGUCCCGCCGAGAGCCUGAGACCUCUGGUCGACAGACAACUGCCAGGCGAGACAGAGACGGACAGGAAUCAGAAGAAGUGGGACGGGACCCCAGGGUGCCAUACCGCUCUGGAGUGGGCAAGGUUUACAUGAGGACUCAUCCAGACGCUGCACCUGUUAACACAUCAAACCCCGCCCACUCAACCCCAGCUCCUCCCCCCACACAGGAAAGACAGAGCAGAUAUUCUGAGCGGGAAAGAGCGAUGAACAUGGAGAACUACCGGCGUGGGGGAGCCCAAGAGCGCAGAACCGCUUCAAGAUCCAGAACCCAGGAAGCGCAUCCGCCCCAGCCCCAAAAACCACAGAACCCCGCACACCAUCAAGACGCUGCCCACCAGGAGUCAAGCUCCGCCUCCACAAGGGAUUACAGCAUCGCAGCAGUGCCCAACUCUCCUCGCAGCGCCCGCCGGGCAUCCCUGCCCUCCACCCGCUACGGCAUAUCACCUGGGGAUUUAUUCAUAGAGCAGCAGGCCCAGAGCAUCCUAAACAGACAGGGCGAGGCCACUAAAGUAGAUCUGUCAGCAGUGGAGGUAGAUCCAGCUAGUGGCAGUGAUCGAGACAGGCCUGCUCGGAGGCCUCGUCGCUACAUCACUCCAGGAGACAGUCGCCUGUCGGAGAGGUUUAGGACCCAGCCCAUCACCUCUGCAGAGCGUUUGGAGUCUGAUAGGUCACGUCUCAGCCCAUCACAGCUACAGGAUCCUGAUGAUGAAGAGAAGCUUGACGACAGAGCCAAGAUGAGCGUGGCUGCCAAGAGGUCUCUCUUCAGGGACUUGGAGAGGACAUCAGACGGGAGCGUUCCCAAACCACGUUCCCGAAAUGCCGCUGUGGAAAGACGUCUAAGAAGAGUUCAAGACCGAUCACAAACGCAGCCUGUCACCAACAUGGAGGUGGUCAAUGCCUCAAGUGACGAUGCCACGUUGCCACAAGCUGUGCACACUCACACAGCUGUAGCUCACAUUCCCAGCUCCACUGUCUUCAACACAAGUGUGACAAACAACAGCAUGCAGGCCUCCUCCCAGCCGGUCUCAGCAGUGAAGGAGAAGGAUGUGGAGGAGCACCAGAAACCAGCUCAUGCUCCUCGUGUCGGGGGGGAGGGCGAUGGCCAGGAACUCGUCUCAGAUGAGCCUGACCUGUCCAGCCUCACCCUGGCGGAGAAGAUGGCCCUCUUCAACCGCCUUGCUCACAUUACAGACAAGCCCAGUGAAGGGGCCCAUGGGGACACCCGCCAGCGCAGGGCCAACGCCCGCUUUCAGACCCAGCCUAUCACUCAAGGAGAAGUGCGGCAGCUGAAGCAUGGAGGUGAGAUCAGAGUGGAGCCUUUGUCGGCGUCUCUGGUUCGAUCGGUGGCAGCAGUCACCUCCCAAGCGGCUGUCGCUCCAGUAACCAUUAAGCGAGGCAGCAGCAGUGUUUGUGACGAUGACGGCCUCCGUCCAGGGAAGUCCGCCGCCUUCCCCUACAUCCCUGCCCAACAACAGGCUUCCAGCAACACCAGCAGCCACCAGGAGAGAGCGCUAAGGUAUUUCUCCAUGACCCAGAGCGGGGACCCCGGCCGCCCUGAGCCUGAGCUCACCUCCUCCCCUCUCCUCCCUGAGAGCCAGGAGAGAGUGGGGGCUCCUCCUGCUCCCAUCUCCACUGCUGCUCACAGGCAGCAGCGGGAGGCUGUGGAGGAGGGCUGGAGGGAGUAUCAAGAGGAGGAGGUUAGGGGUAGACGACAGGGAGGAGCCACAGAAGACAGCCAAGGCGGCAACAUUAAGGAGAGGCUGCACUCCCCCGACAAGGACUGGGACGGCAGGCAGCAUCAGCAUCCCCAGCAUCAGCACCCUGCCGAGCCCUCUUUGUGGAGGGGCGAGUCAGAGCCUCUGUCCAGCUGGAGAGCUGCAGACAGAGAUCCAGAGGGAGGAGGAAGAGGAGGCUACCUGAGAGAGGCUGCAGCCGUGCACAGCUCCUCCACACGGGAGCAGGAGAGGAGCAGUGGCCGGAGCCAGGCAGGCGUCUCAGAUCAUUCUGCACCACUGAGGCCACUCGCAACUAAAGUGUCCUCCAGGACAGUGUCUCAAGUGUCCAGCAGCCAGCAGCAGCAGCAAACUGUGAACCAGCCUCCUCUAACUCUUCCGAAACCCUUCACACAGCCGCCUCCUGCGACUCAGCCCAAACCACUGUCCAUCAUCCAGCCCCAGCCGUACUCCCAGCACUCCCAGCCCCCACCAACAUAUCCGAAACCUUUCACCCAGUCCCCUCAAACUCAGCCCAAACCUCAGGGAUUCGUCCAGCCUCUUCCUAAGCCGUACCCACAGACAGCCCCCCAGCCUCCGCCCAAACCCCAGGUGCCUCCACAGACACCACCCAAGCCCCAGUCCUUCCCCAAGGCCCUGGUCAAGUCCCAGUCCCUGCCCCUGGACAACAGUGAGGACUUCAGCAGGGACAGUGUCCAGUCUGGAGAUCUGCUGUCCCCCACAGACUCUGGAGAUCUACUGUGUGACGGCAUGUCCAGCAAACAGAUGUCCAUCCGGGAGAGAGUGGCGCUGCUGAAGAAGAGCGGUGAGGAGGACUGGAAGAACAGGAUCAACAAGAAGCAGGAAGUGGUGAAGGUAGCGUCCGCUGAGCAGCCGGCGCCGGUCUGGGAGCCGGAGCCGGAGCCGGAGCCAGAGCCGACCCAUGAGAGCCAUGAGAAGGAGGAAGAGGUGGUCGUUCAGGACUACUCUGCUGUGUCCGUGUCCGAACAGCUCUGGAAGGUGGGAGAGGACGUUGACGCUCAGAUGACCAUUGAGGAGAGGAAACUGAUGAUUUCCACUCGUGAGGAUGCCUGGAGGACGAGGGGCAGAGGAGCAGCCAACGACUCCACCCAGUACACGGUGGCUGCUCGGAUGGUGAAGAAAGGCCUCGCAGCCUCCUCCUCGGUUAUCAGUCCCAUCCUGUCACCAGUGUCCACCAAACUCAAGAGCAGCAUGCCGGCUGUCAGCAAACCACAAGAGGAAAUUGAGGCUCGGCCCGAAAUGGAAUCGGAUAAGAAGCUUGACAAGUUGGAGAGUUUCUUGGGACGUCUCAAUAGCAAAGUGGCAGGUCUGCAGGAAACAACAAUAACAGUGACUGAGAAGGCCGUGAAGGAGGUGAUGAAGCUGGACGAUGAAAUCUUCUCCAAGUUCUACCGACGCGUUGCUGAGUUUCCACGCAUGCCCACGAGGAUCGAGAUCAGUGAGGACUUCGAUAGCAUCUUCGGCUCUCAGGGGCCCAAGUUGACUUCAGCCAUGGUGCAGCACAAGCGGUCGGUGCGUCCGUCCAGGAACGUCCAGUCGUCCAGAAACCCUCUGAAGAGUCUGGCAGCCAGAGAGGACAUCAGACACGAGUACACUGAGCAGAGGCUCAACGUAGCUCAGCUGGAGAGCAAGAGGAUGAAGGCUGAGAAGAUGACUAAAACCUCAGAGUACUCUGAAGCCGCUCUGGCAGGUCUGGCCAGUAAAGAGAACUUCAGCAGCGUGAGUCUCCGCAGCGUCAACAUCUCGGAGCAGAUGUCCAACAACAGCGCCGUGCCGUACAAGAACCUAAUGCUGAUGCAGGUUAAAGGUCGUCGUCACGUUCAGACCAGAUUAGUAGAACCCAGAGCGUCAUCGCUGAACAGCGGAGACUGUUUCCUGCUGGUGACUCCGGAGCACUGCUUCGUCUGGAUCGGAGAGUUCUCUAAUGUGAUCGAGAGGGCGAAGGCGAUAGAUCUGGCCACUUUCCUCCAAACCAAGAAGGACAUGGGCUGCAGGGCCAACCAGGUGCAGACUGUGGAGGAGGGAGUUCACCCACAGGGUCCAGACCACCAGCUCUUCUGGACCAUCUUAGGAGGACAGUCGGCUUAUCAACCUGCGGGUCCACCGGAGGAGGAUGAGCAGUUUGAAAACGGCAUCGUGGAAACCAACUGUAUCUUCAGGCUGCUGGACGACAAACUGGUCCCUGAUGAUGAAGAGUGGGGGAAGGUCCCUCACAACUCGCUGCUGGCUGCCAAAGAGGUGCUGGUGUUUGACUUUGGCAGUGAGGUGUACGUGUGGCACGGGAAGGAGGUGACCCUGGCCCAGAGGAAAGUGGCCUUCCAGCUCGCCAAGCACCUCUGGAACGGUACGUUUGAUUACACCUGCUGUGACGUCAACCCGCUGGACCCCGGCGGCUGCAACACACUCAUACCCAGAAAGGGCCAGGGCCGUCCUGAUUGGGCGAUAUUCGGCCGGCUGACCGAGCACAACGAGACGAUCCUGUUCAAGGAGAAGUUCCUGGACUGGACCGAAGCGAAGGCGGUGACUCCAAAGGAAGGCGGCGAGCUGGUACCUGAGCAGAAGGAGGCACCGGGGCGAGAGUGCCAGCCCUACGACGCCACCCUGAUGCUUCCCUUCCUCCAGUCGUCCAUUUCCACCAUCUUGGACGGAGUAAACGUGGGCCGUGGUUAUGGCCCGGUGGAGACCGAGGACCACAUGAGGAUCCAGGAGCUCAGCACGGUGUCGGUGGACGUCUGGCACAUCCUGGAGUUCGACUACAGCCGCCUCCCACGCCAGAGCAUCGGUCAGUUCCACGAGGGAGACGCCUACGUGGUCAAGUGGAAGCACAUGGUCAGCACCUCAGUUGGCCGCCGGCAGAACCCCGAGGCGAGGAGCACCGGACCGGGGAAAGAGAAAUGCUGCUACUUCUUCUGGCAGGGCCGUCACUCCACCGUCAGCGAGAAGGGGACGUCAGCCCUGAUGACGGUGGAGCUGGAUGAGGAGAGGGGGGCACAGGUUCAGGUGCAGCAGGGGAAGGAGCCUCCGUGUUUCCUUCAGUGCUUCAACGGGGGGAUGAUCAUCCAUGCUGGCAAAAGGGAGGAGGAGGAGGAGAACACUCAGAGUGAUUGGCGUCUGUACUGUGUCCGGGGCGAGGCGCCGGUAGAAGGCCACCUGCUGGAGGUGGCGUGCCACUGCAGCAGCCUGCGCUCCAGGGCCUCCAUGAUCCUGCUGAACAUCAACAAGGCCAUCAUCUACCUGUGGAACGGCUGCAAGACGCAGCUCCACACUCGCAGCGUGGGAAACACGGCUGCACUCAAAAUCAAAGAACAGUGCCCUCUGGAAGCAGGUCUCCACAGCAGCAGCAAGGUGACCAUCCAUGAGUGUGAUGAGGGGGUGGAGCCUCCAGGCUUCUGGGAGGCUCUGGGCAGAAAGGACAGGAAGGCGUACGACUGUAUGCUACAAGAUCCCGGUAAAUUCAACUUCACCCCGAGACUCUUCCAGCUGAGCAGCACAUCUGGAGAGUUCGUGGCGACCGAGUUCUUCCACCUGUCCAGAGCUCCGGACCUGGUCAGCUCGCUGCCUUUCCUGCAGGAGGACUUGUACAACGCUCCACAACCUGCGUUGUUCCUGGUGGAUAACUUCCAUGAAGUCUACUUGUGGCAGGGCUGGUGGCCUCAGGACACUGGGAGCACUGGCUCGGCUCGUAUCCGCUGGGACUCGGACAGGAAGUGUGCGAUGGAGACGGUGCUGCAGUACUGCAAAGAGAGAAACGAGAAGAAACCUCAGAAGUCGUAUCUGAUACACGCCGGUCUGGAGCCGCUCACCUUCACCAACAUGUUUCCCAGCUGGGAGCACAGGGAGGACGUGGCUGAGAUCACAGAGAGGGAGGCCGAGGUGUGUCACCAGAUCAUCCUGGUGGAGGACGUGUUGGCCCGGCUCAGUCAGAACACCUUCCCUCUGGAUCAGCUCCAGGCCCGGCCGCUCCCUGAGGGGGUCGACCCCCUCCGUCUGGAGCUCUACCUGUCCGACCAGGACUUUCAGAAAGCGUUGGAGAUGAAGAGAGAGGAAUACGAAGGUCUGCCAGGGUGGAAGCAAGUGAACCUGAAGAAAGCCAAAGGACUGUUUUAAGUUUGAACCCAAGAUGGCGCGUGAAGAGUGGAGCAGCACAGAUGGAGAAACAGGAAGUGUCACAUUAACCUUUAAAACUUUGAGUGUUAACUCGUGAGGACGCUGGUGACAGAGAAGGUCACCGAGUCCUGAAGAAGGAAACCGGAACCUGAGGAGAACCGGAACCUGAGGAGAACCUGAACCUGAGGAGAACCAGAACCUAAGGAGAACCAGAACCUGAGGAGAACCUGAACCUGAGGAGAACCGGAACCUGAGGAGAACCUGAACCUGAGGAGAACCUGAACCUGAGGAGAACCUACACGAGCCCGGAGACGCACUCGCCUUGCUUAAAGUCACGUUUUACUUCUCAACUCUGUUAUUAAGUAACAAAACUAAAACUCCAGUGGUUUCAACCGAAGGUACAAACAUACUGCACACUGCUGUGGUUCUUACGUGGUGUGUGUGUGUCUUUGGAGUCUCCUCCGAACACUUAACGUCACCUCUCGUGGGCGCUCGGUGUCAGAGUGCCAUGCUAUGAUUGUGUACGUACGUGUGUGUGCGACUGUAUAUAAUGUUUGUGAGUGUGCGUACUGUUCAUUUGUGUAAAUGUGUGUUUAGACGCGUUUUUGUAUUUAUGUAAGAAAAAAAAAGAACAAUCCUGUCGUGUCAGGCGUUGUGUUUUAUUUUGUCUACAGUGUCCGGAUGCCGUCAGGCCGUGUAGGGAACUUGUGUCUCUCAGACUCAGAGCAGAGUUGUAACUGAACGGUUUAACUUUGACGAGAGGAGAAGCAGCAGCUCGGUGAAUCAGAAUGUAUAGUGCCUUGCUUUUUGUGUACAGUUUAUAUACAGAAAUUUUAGUCUGCAUUUUUAAAGACUUUCUUUGUGAUAUAAGACAUAGUGAAAUAAAAUCACAUUAAGGCUCAAA